GCCGUUGUUCCUGUUAUGAUUAUUAUUUUUAGUGAUGACUUUAUUCAAGCUCAACAACAGUUAGCCCGGUGGGCGAAUGAGGACGUGGUCUCUGUCGUGAUAUUGGACCAGCCACCACCCGAAAUUAUGUCGGAUUCCCAACCAUACAACGACAUCGGGCUCAUGUCGGGGGCAUCAGCGAACAACUUUAUCCACGACCAGCAUUACGUCGAUCAUCAAUCAUCUACAGCAAAGGCAGCAGUAGUCAACAACUCUAUAAUGGGUUUAUCACUAGUCCCGAAUGGUAUAAGUUCAUCCGAUACGACGGACUUAAGUCAACAGCAAAUGCCAUUACAGAAAGUACCGUUAUACCUCCAUCAGCAUCAACAGCGUAUUCAGAAAUCGGUCGAUACCAGCAGCAACAGCAGCCAGGUAGGACAAAUCUUAGAGGAUGGCUGCUACCCGGAAUAUAAGCAUUGAUAAUGGAGACUGCUUGCUUUCAUAAUUGUUAUAUUUUUAAAUAAAUCAGGCCUACUCUUUUGUGCCCAGAAAUAUCGUGAAGAAUCACAUAUUAUUUCUUCUAUUAUUGGCACUAGUAUCGAACUUUAGAAUUACUUUAUAAAAUAGACAUAUUUCGAAAAAUAUUUAUACCUGGAAUUUCUUAAAACUAAAUGAAUAUUUGAUGUAAAUGUAAAUUAAAAAAGUUAACGUUGUGAGAGAGAUGCAAACAAAUUUUUUGCAAUUAAAAUUAACAUAGUUUUAAAGCAGGGAUGGUAAAAACCUUGCACUGAAAAUAACUGCAUCUGUUAGUUAUGAA